CAGAGCUGGGAGUCAGAAAACCUCUUAUUUGUUUGUCUGGGGAGAGGGCGGUUCAGCACCAAGAGCUAAGCAAAUAUUUGUGGUUAUGGAUUAACCUGACUCCCAGACUGACAUGGCAGUGCCUGGACGAAAUUGCAGUUUCUCCUUGGCCCACCCCUGUGUCAGCAGCUUCAGGAUGUGGCGACUCAGAAUCUUCCUGCUGUUCAUGGCCACCUGGGGAAUUUCUAGCACACCGGUCCAUCUUGAGCCAGUGUUCUCCAGCAGCAAGCAUGCAAACCAGGUGCUUCGGGCCAAGCGUGCCAACAGUUUCUUAGAGGAGAUGCGGCCGGGCAACAUGGAACGGGAGUGUAUGGAGGAGAUCUGUGACUUUGAGGAGGCCCAGGAGAUUUUCCAAAACGUGGAUGAAACACUGACCUUCUGGAAUAAGUACUUCGACGGUGACCAGUGCACAGCUCCGCCCUUGGACCACCAGUGCGACAGCCCAUGCUGUGGGCAUGGCACAUGCAUCGACAGCCUGGGCAGCUUCAGCUGCAACUGCGAUAAGGGCUGGGAAGGCAAAUUCUGCCAGCAGGAGUUGCGCUUCCAAAACUGCCGGGUGAACAACGGCGGCUGCUUGCACUACUGCCUGGAGGAGGGCAGCGAGCGGCGCUGCACUUGCGCCCCGGGAUACAAGCUGGCAGACGACCUCAUGCACUGCAAGGCCACCGCGAGCUUUCCCUGUGGGAAGCUGGGGAGGUGGAUGGAAAAGAAACGCAAGCAAGUCAAAACCAAACGGGACACAGACCCAGAUGAUGAUGAACAGGAUCCAGAUCCAAGGAUCGUCAAUGGGACGCUGACAAAGCAGGGCGACAGUCCUUGGCAGGCUAUCCUUCUGGACUCCAAGAGGAAGCUGGCCUGUGGAGGGGUGCUCAUCCACACCUCCUGGGUACUGACGGCGGCCCACUGCAUGGUGAACUCCAAGAAGCUUACCGUGAGGCUUGGUGAGUAUGAUCUGCGACGCAGGGACCACUGGGAACUGGACCUGGAAAUCGAGGAGAUUCUCAUUCACCCUAACUACAGCCAGAGCACCAGUGACAAUGACAUUGCACUGCUUCGCCUAGCCCAGCCAGCCACUCUCUCUAAAACCAUAGUGCCCAUCUGCCUGCCAAACAUUGGCUUGGCAGAGCGGGAGCUCACUCAGGCUGGCCGAGAGGCAGUGGUGACAGGCUGGGGCUAUCAAAGUGACAGAGAGAAGGAUGGCAGAAGGAACCGAACCUUCAUUCUCACCUUUAUCCGUAUCCCUGUGGCCCCACGAAAUGAGUGCAUGGAGGUCAUGAACAAUGUGGUCUCAGAGAACAUGCUGUGUGCAGGUAUCCUUGGUGAUAGGAGAGAUGCCUGUGAUGGUGACAGUGGGGGACCGAUGGUGGUCUUCUUCCGGGGUACCUGGUUCUUGGUGGGCCUGGUGAGCUGGGGUGAGGGAUGCGGGGAACUCAACAACUUUGGUGUCUACACCAAAGUGAGCCGCUAUCUUGAAUGGAUCCAUAGCUACAUUGGGGACAAGGAUGCCUCCUCCCUUAAGAGCCAGAGGCUGUAGCACCCCUCCCUUCUAAUCUCUGGACCCUAGAGGCCACUCUUGGCUAGGCUAGUGAAUACCAAGACAGAGGACAUUAAAGGGGCAUACAACAAACAUACCCACCCGAGUUCUUGUCUGUCUUUCUAUCCUUUUGAUGGGCUAUUCUGGUGGAAUUUUACAUUAAUUGGGCAUCUGGUAUACACCAGGUGUUUUAUGAAAAGAAC